AUGGCCAACCCAAACUCACAAACAACUCAAACUCCAUUGAUAGAUGCAUCACAAACACAAACAAACCCUAGUGAUGAUGAUGAUGCCAAACUUGAUCACUCUCUCCACAGCUUGGAGACCUUUCUCAGGCUCUUUGGGUUUUGCCAGUACUCUUUUCUGAGCUUCAGCCUCUCAUGGCUUGCUUUCCUUCUUGUGGGUGUUGCACUUCCAGUGGUACUCAUUGAAAUCUCUUAUAGUUCCAGAAGUGAGAAGUAUCAGAUCAAAAAUUUUGAGCUUCAGAUUCUGGUUUCUGAGUCUCUUGUGGCUGCCAUUUCUCUUGUUUGUAUUUCUUACAACCUCAGAAAGUAUGGCAUACGGAGGUUCUUGUUCGUGGAUAGGUAUCAUGGUCAUAAGCUUCAGUACCGUGAUGAAUAUAUACAGAAGAUCAAUAACUUCUUCCGCUUGCUGGCAGUAUGCGUAUUGCCUUGCCUCCUUCUGAAGACUGCUCGUGAAGUCACUCGCUUAAUUUAUGUUCACUACGAUUCAUGGUGGAAAUCUGUUCUUGCAUUGCUUGCUUUGCUUGUGUCAUGGACGUUUUCAACUAUAAUUUUCCUAUCAGGCAGUGCUUUGUUCAACUUGGUGUGCAGUUUGCAAGUGAUACACUUUGAGAACUAUGGGAAGCUUUUGGAAAGGGACAUGGAUGUUUCUGCGUAUAUCGAAGAACACACUCGUCUAACGCAGUAUCUAUCCAAGAUCAGCCACAGAUUCCGAAUCUAUCUUAUUUUUCAAAUUAUAGUUGUGACAGCCAGCCAAUUUGUGGCUCUACUGCAGACCACAGGAAAUCACGGAAUCGUCAAUAUCAUCAACGGAGGCGAUUUUGCAGUCGCCUGUAUUGUUGAGCUUGUUGGGUUAAUUAUAUGCCUGCAUGGGGCUGCAAAGAUUUCACACAGAGCUCAAGGUCUUGCAUCAGUUACUAGCAGAUGGCAUGCUGUGGUCACCUGCGGCCCCAAAGAUGCAUCUCAAUCGAGAUUCGACAACAGUACGGGAAACUUGGAGAUUGCUUAUUCUGCUGGUUCAUUACCCAUAGCCUACUCAGAAAGCGAUCUAGAGUCAGUUGAUUAUGUGCCAGUGCCGACAAGUACACAAAUAGCUUCAGACAAGUCCCUCUUUCAGAAAAGACAAGCUUUUGUUACAUACAUGCAAUCAAAUCUGGGUGGGCUUACCCUCUACGGCUUUACGGUGGAUCGGGCGCUCAUUGGCACCAUCUUCUUUGUUGAGCUCACACUGGCUCUCUUUGUGCUGGGGAAGACAAUUACCUUCACCACCCAAUGA